GCUAUUUUAUAAACAAAAAAAGCUCAGAAACAAGUUGAUAUAGUAUUAAAGCAUAAUUAAUUUAAAAAUCAUUAUAUUGCUCACAAUUUUUUGUAGGUUUACUGCCUUACAUAGAAAUCUAAUACACUAAAAAUACAAAAAAUGGGGAGACGUUCAAUUAAUACCACGAAAAGUGGGAAAUAUAUGAAUCCCACUGAUCAAGCAAGAAAAGAAGCCCGAAAGAGAGAAUUAAAGAAGAAUAAAAAACAAAGGCAAAUGGUACGCGCUGCUGUUUUAAAAGGGAAAGAUCCUCUUCAGCUCAUUAGUGACAUGGAAAAAAUAGAUGAAAUGGAAUACAAUGUUAACUCACCACCACUUUUAAAUGAAAAGGUUUUAAAAGAUAAAAGGAAGAAAUUAAAAGAAACCUGGGACAGAGUGAUGCGGCUAUAUUACAAAGAAGAUAGAGAGAGGUAUAAUGAACUGAAAAAGCUGGAAUUAGAAUAUGAGGGACGUCGAAGUAUUCUUGUAAAAUAUUAUGAAUCUGUACGUAUUGCUCAACAAGUUCAAGUUGAUGAAAUCCCUUUACCAGAUACUCCUGAGAUGCCUGAAUUUUUAACUUCUCAGAUUCCAUUACCUAGUGAAAUGGAAAACACAGAAGAAGCUGAAAAUGUUUCAAUUCCACCUUCAAUUUUAAAAAAGGCAGUGACUGUCAGUGAAAAAGAACCAACUCCAACCAAUUUACAUGCUCCUGGUGUUCCUCCUGGACCCAUUCCGGAUCUCUCAAGUGAUGAGGAGACUGAAGAUGAAACUUUAACUAAUCAGAGUAAAAAGGAAGAAGAAGCUAUAAAACAAGACACAAAGUCAGGUAAGAAUAGAAAAAUACGAUUUGCUGAUGAAAAGGAAGAUGAAAGUGAUGAUGAAACUGGUGAUGACAAAAAUGACGAGAAAAAGGAUGCAGAUAAUGAAGUUAUGGAUACUUCAAAUGAUGCUGAGACACUUCUUGAGAAACAUAGAGUGGAGGACAUACCUAUUCCUCCUAUGCCCCCAUCCACAUCUCUACCGCCAGGUCCUCCUCCAAGAUUGCCUCAAGGACCUCCUCCUAAUGUUCAGGUUAUGUAUCGACCUCCACCUCCCCCAAUAAGGGCUCAUAUACCUCCACCUCCUCGUAUGUUACCACCAGGAGUACCUCCACCACCUCCAGGAAGGCCAGCUUUGCCACCUCCAGGUUUACCAAUCAGACUUGGAGCACCUCCAAUAAGGUUACCACCAGGACCACCACCAGGUAUGCCACCACCAAGACUUCUUAGACCUCCAACAGCUCCUCCCCCAAGAAUUUCGACUGCUCUGCCUUCAGCAAAUGUGCCACCACCUGGUACAACAAGUACAACUACAUCAACUUCUGCUACUGCUGCUGCCAAUGUGACUGUGCUAAGUGCACCACCUAGUUUAAUGCAGCGUCCAAAGGGUGGCGAGGAUGAUACACAAAGAUCAGCAACCAUAGAGGCUAAACCACAAAUUAGAAAUUUAAGUGCUGAUGUUAUGAGGUUUAUGCCAACAACAUUACGUAUCAAGCGUGAAGAUCGGCAGAAGAAAGGUGGGACGAAAACUGGAACAACAUAUGAUCAUGUCAAAGAUAAUUAUCCUACGACUACACCAGUAUCAAAUGCUAAUGUAUCAGCUCCAACAAAAGAUGAUGCAUAUAUGCAGUUUUUAAGAGAGAUGGAAGAAUUAUUAUAGUUUUGUUUAGUUUGUUUUUGUAUAUACUAUUUUGUAAGGUCAUCUAGCAUGUCUUCAUAUUCAUCUUCAUUUCAGAAAAUGUAACACAAUUCAUUUAUUGUUGCCAUGCUGGAAAUAUUUUGUUCUUUAAAAAAAAUAAAGAAAAUGUUGAAAUUUUA